UAAAAUAUUACAUGUUAACAAAAUUCAUGAAUUGAAUCCAGCUCAAUUUGGAUAUAACUUUUGAAAUGGAGCUGUGGCAGAAAUGGGAGGGAUACAGUUAUAAAGUAACUCCACCUCUUAUCUAACGCCCAGCAUAUGCUGCUCUCUCAGCCUCCCACCCCUAAACCAUCUCAGCUGUUUAAAAGCAGCCCAUGUUGCAUUUUUGGGCAAGUUUUAUCUAAUUACUGUCUUUAGAUACCAGAUGUCUCCUGCGCAUCCACUCCACUUCCACUGAAUAUUAAAAAAGGGGAAUCAAAAGCGAAAGAGAAGCGGAAGAGAGAAGACCAUUCUCUGAAAUUUAAAAAAAAAAAAAAAAAAAAAAGCUGCUGAGGUUUUCAAAAUUGGACAAAGAUGGUUUCUUUUCAUUAUUUACUAUCACUUUUGGUUACCAUUCAACUCAGCUUAUAUGGUUCUAACUCGCUUGUAUUAGGCUUAAAGAAGAUCUGUACAUCAUGUAAUGGGCCCACAGGGGAACCCAGUGGUCACAGAGGUGAACACUUAUCAGGGGAGGAGAUCACAUCCGUGUUGGCAUUAGGUGAACACUGUGGGGUUUACACCCUACCUUGUAUGCAGGGUCUUCGGUGUAUCCCUCCUCUUGGAGAGCAAAGCCCCCUUCAGGCACUGCUUCAGGGACGAGGGGUCUGCAAAAACAUCAAAAGUACCUUUACUGACAUCCAUCCAUCUACAGAUUAUCAUCCAUCAUCCACUGAAAACAAUGAAAAGGGUCCUUGUCGCAAACUGCUCAACACAAUCCUCCAAAGUAUAGAGCUCACGAUUAUUCAUUCAAUUCCGGAUAUCUACAUCCCCAACUGUGACAAACAAGGGUUCUUCAGGAGGAAACAGUGUCGGUCAUCAAGAGGAAUGCAAAGAGGCCACUGCUGGUGUGUUGACGAGAAAGGAUCAAAAAUUUCAUCCCGUAAAAGGAGUGACGGAACUAUCUCAUGUAACAGUGCCUGAGAAUUGUGAUACAAACUGAAUUUGUAAAUGUAAAUAUGGACCUGGAAUCUGUUUAGUAAGGACUGCAAAAGAGAUGACAGACACUAAGAACUCUAUGACCACAAAGCAAGUAGAAUAUUUACAAUCAUUCAUCUCCCUCUGGUUGUGAAAAAUAUGUUUGCAGCAUUUGUGUCAUUAUUUCUGAUGCAUAAAUUUACCAGAACAGUAUUUUUUUAAAAUAUUAAGAUAAGAUAAGAUAUAAAGUUAAGAUUUAAAAAAUAAUUUAAUUUGUUAUAAAUACCAUAUAGAAACAUAGAAAGAUUAUAUACUCCCUGAGUGAAUGUCAUUAAUGUGCUGUCUGGUUUGAAAUGUAUUAAUUAUGCAGUAAGAACAUAUAUAUAUAUAUAUAUAUCAAAUUACUUAAAUUUAUGUUGCAUACAUAUUAACUGCUUAUAUAUUAAUAUAUA